GUGCUGCAGCUCAGUCCAUCCAGAGCUCUCUCGGUCCUCACUGCUGCUCGCCCCCCCUCGGCUUCCCUGCCAGUUGACGAGGCACUGGAAGCCAUAUCAGCUGCAGGCCUGGAUCGACUCGUCAAGUGGAGGUACCUGCAGUGGCUGGUGGACGAACAGGCCAGUGACAGCAAGCACCACCACACAAUCUAUGCACUCGCUCUUGUUGAUACCGCCGCUGCCGCUGCCGCUGCCGCUGCUGCAGGAAUCGAUAGCAAUAGAGCACAGACGGAGAAUGGCCCAAGGGAGAGUUUAGUUGCACGUGGGAAGGAAGAACGGCAGAAGCGUCUGGACGGAUGGGAAGACGGCAUGAGGGGAGCAGGCGAUAUAGGAGCAGUGCUGGCAGCAGAACAAAGGGGCGGGGCGAACGAGGAAGAAAGCCAACGAGAGGGGGAUGAGGAAGGGGAAGGGUGGGGGCUUGAGGGGGCGUCAGAGCAGGCAUCAUUGGCAGGGCUGUGGGGGCGGGUGCGGGGAGUGCUGGGGGCGUUCCUGGAGUCGUCAGAGCUCUAUGAUGGCACUGCUGUGUGGCGUAGAAUACAGGGCGAGCGCGCACUGCUGAGGGAACAGGUCGUUGUGUUGAGGCGACUGGGUGACCACACAGCCGCCCUGCGCAUUCUUGCCCUAGAGUUGAAGCACAGUGAGGCAGCAGAGGCGUACUGCUUACAGCUCAACGACCCCCACGCCUUUGACCAUCUACUACACCUGUACCUGCAUCCGGGGGGCAGCAGGCGCCCCAUGUUUGACGCUGCAGUGCGCCUGCUGCACUGUGCGCGCGCACACGUGGAUCCCAACAGCAUACUGCAGGCUCUACCAAGCGACAUGACGGUGCAGGAGGCGGGGGGCAUUUUGGCACGGCUCAUGCGCGAGAGAGUGCACAGACUGCGACAGGGGCAGGUGGUGCACCAUCUGCUCAAGGCUCAGAACCGCACUUUACUCGAGCGCCGCAUGGAGCUGCUCUCGCGCUCCGUGCUGCUGCCACUGCCACCACAUGCCAUCAUGCCACCCUCCUCUUCCUCCUCCGCGUUAUCAUCCGCAUCAUCGGUGCACGGAGGGCAUGCGGGCACGAGUGUGUCGGCCACGCGCUGCUCUGCGUGUCACAACCGCCUGUGCAUCGACGAGCCCUUUGCUGCCAUGCCCUCGGGAGCACUGCUCUGCCACCAGUGUUACACCCACACCACCUCAGCUCCUAAUGAGGGAUGA